AUGAACAACAACAAUGUCAAGUCGCGGCCACAAGCUCAGACUGGCGUUUAUCGUUCAGAGUCUAUCAAGGACGUCGCAGACUCCCUCAAUUUGCCUCAUAUCUCAGACGCAGUUGCCUCUGCACUCGCAAGCGAUGUUGAAUACCGGCUACAUCAAGUUAUUGAGGAAGCAGCCCGAUUCAUGAGACACGGUCGUAGAACGAUAAUGACCACUUCCGACAUCGAGCAAGCACUCCGCGUUCUCAAUAUUGAGCCGCUUUAUGGUCACUCGUCUCACAAUCCGCCGUCGUUCAAACGCGCCCUUCCAUUUCCCAACGCCAUGGCAGCAGGCCCGGUUUACUUUGUCGAAGAUGAAGAAAUCGACUUUGAACGCGUGUUGAGGGAAGAGAGAAUCACUUUACCGAAAGGUGUCAGUUGGACGGCGCACUGGUUGGCUGUUGAGGGAGUCCAGCCUCUUAUUCCGGAGAAUCCCCCUGCAAUUCCAAAAGAAAUCGCCCCAGACGUGAAGCCAACCGUGCUAACCAAUGGGGUCGCGUCCGCACCAGUCACCGCAGCAGCCAAGAAACAAGAGGAGCAAUUACAACAGCAACAACAGCUCGUCAAGCAGGUACUUUCGAGAGAACUCCAGCUCUACUACACACGUCUCACUGGCUCGCUAUUACCUCCGACAACCGAUGUCGCUAAACGCGAUGCAGCCUUGGCCAGUCUACGGACCGACGCUGGCUUGCAAGCUCUUUUGCCAUACUUGAUCAAGUGGGUUGGCGACGGUGUUGUCCGUGGACUAAAAGAUGGUGGGCCGAGCGAGAUGGACGGAAAGGUUCUCGAAGUCCUGGUCUCAGUUACAAGCUCGCUACUGGCCAACACCACGCUAUUCGUUGAGCCAUACUUACACCAAAUGCUGCCCCCUAUACUUUCUACCCUUCUGCAUUCGUCUCUCCCACCCUCGCACGCGACACAGCUACGGACACUUGCAGCCCAAAUAUUAUCACGGUUAUUAACCGAGCACUCAACUACAUAUCCCUCCCUCUCUCCGCGAAUUGUCAAAACUCUUUUGUUGGCACUUAUUUCUCCAGGAAAAAGCAGUGGCACACGACACGGUGCAAUUCGUGGGCUGGCCGGUAUUGGGAAAGAGGCUGUUCGCAAAGGUUUGAUUGAAGGCGGUGGGGCGAAAGUAGUGGGGGGUGAAUAUAACGACGACGAUUCGCUCGUUGCUGCAGUUAUGGACGCUCUUCGUAUACUACGAGAGUCAAGCGACAUGAUCGAUGCCCUCGAUGCCAUGGACCCUACUGACGCCAAAACGAUUGAAGAUCUCAAAAAUCUUGUUGGUGACUAUUUUGCCAGCCGGAUAGCCCAAGAUGCAGCAUGGGCAAGGACAAUUAUUGGGGCUCCGACCACGACUCCGUGA